UCUCGCUCUAUCCCUCUUCCUCCUCCCUCCCGUGUACAUUUUUUAGAAUAGCUCCCGAAAAUUUCAUGAUGCCGCGUGACGUUCCUCCCUUCGGACCCGUGCAAGAAGCGCAAUCGGCACUCUCGCGCUCCCAAGGAAGAACGUGAAUUAUGUGUGUCACGUAGCGUUGCCGCUUCCAUGGACCACUAACGGUCACGUCCCAGUCACACUUUCUUUUCCCUCGCACCUUGUCUCCUACGUCUGUGAGUAAUUCAUUUCGUCUCUUGCUCGCGGCGCGAGUUACACGGAGCUUCGAGUUCGUUACGUCCGGGCUUAAUUGCGACGGUUCCAUUCUCGCGGCCGAGCCAACUGAAUUUCAAGUAUUUUGCUUUUCAGGGGUGGCUCCUCUCCGUCUCUCCCUUUCUCCCUCCCUUUUCUUCUCCCUUUCCGCGGAGAAUCUCUUAACCUCCCGACGGUGGAUUGUCACCUCCGUCGGGGGAACUUUUAUUUCCUCAAAUUGGACGAGUCUCUCUCUCUUCCUCUCUCUCUCUCUCUCUCUCUCUCUCUCUCUCUCUCGCGUCCAUCGCAUCAUCGCCUGACGGUCUCAACGUUGCUCGCUCGAACUCUCGAUCUGGAUUUCGAGCGACGAAUCAUUUCACUUUGAACAACUCGCAAUCGCGAGUUCUCCGACGCGGCUGACUCGCCAAAAAUAGUGAAGUCGUCGUUUAUGAGAAUCAAUUUCCCGGCAUUCGCGAAAACACCUGCCGAGGCGACGACGCAACGCGAAACUCGGUGGCUCGCCUCGCGAGCUUGCUCCUCUUUAAUCGUCCAACUUUUUCGCAUCCCGUGUUCACCCCGUCCCCCCGUCCGCUUCCCGCCAGAGUGCUCCCUUUAUUUUUCUUUCUUUCCGUGUUUCGUUGCGGUGAGUCAAUAACGUCCGGAUUCGGACGAACGCAGCUCACGCAACAAAUUCCGUUACGCCUUAAUCACCGCGAGAAGCGGAAGAGUUUCCCUCCUGUCGCGGCUGAUUAACGCGUAAUGGAAUAUUCAAUGCGUUGAUGCCUUCGGCCGAACCCGGACGCCAUUGACGCCCGCCGUCGUCAUGACGCAACCAUAGUCGUUUUUUGCUCUACGUUCGUUUUGUCCACCCCUCUCCCCCCCCCUCCGUCUCCCGAACGCCGCGUUUUCGCGUCCUCUCCUUUGCCGUCGCCGUUCCACGCCUCUUUCAUUCUCUACGUUUUCUUUCGCUUUUCUCUCGUUUGUGUCUCGUCUUUCACGUCGACGGCCCCUCGCUGGCGGCGAGGCGCGGCGCGGCGAGCACUGCGUGACCGAUCGACAGAAAUCUCUUCUCUCCGUGUAGGAAAAGGAGGACGGGCCGGUGUACAAGUUUUACGAGACCAUCCGCGAUUUCGGGGACGACAUCAUGAACACCAUUAGUCACCUGCGCGACGUAACCCUCUUCGCGCCCAGCAACGCCGCGCUGGAGGAGCCGGGCGUGAAGCAGAUCCUGCAGGACAAGAAGCGCGUCAAGGAGAUCCUCAGCCUGCACUACGUCAAGGAACGAUUACCCCUCGAGAAGAUCAAAGACAAGAGCGUCACUCAGAAACCAUCGAUUGGGAGGCAACACGCCGGGGUGCAGACUGCCGCCGACAGGAAGAAGCUCUACUUCAACGUGGUGCAGGGACCCACCGGAAAUCAGACCGUCACCGUGGAGGGCGGCGGCGUGAACGCCACCAUCAUCACCGCCAACAUCGCCGCCACCAACGGAAUUAUUCACAUAAUCGACAGGUUUCUCGGGGUGCCGUACACCACCGUGCUCGACAAGCUCAGGACCGACCCGAUGCUCAACACGACCUACGUGCUGGGCCAGCGACGCGGGUUCAACGAUCAGCUGAACGACACGACGAAGCGGUUCACGUACUUCGUCCCGCGCGACUACGCCUGGACCAGCGCGGCCGAGGCGUAUCCGUCAACGUGCAAGAAGCUCUUCAUGCCGGAAUACAGUUAUCACACGAAGCAGAUCCUAGAGCGACAUCUCGUGAUAUCGGACCAGGCGUACACGAUGGCGAAGCUGAAGGAGAUGAGCAACGACACCGUCUUCCUCACGGCGGCCAGGGACACUCUGAAACUUCGCGUCAAGGAGCACGGCGAAAAUGAGAAGUACGACGAAAACGCAAUCCGUCCAGAAACGCAAUCCGGCUACAGCGUCGAGUGGCAGGGCAUGUGGAUUCGAGUCUUCCGUCCGGACGUUGAGUGCACCAACGGCAUCAUCCACGUGAUGGAGAAGGUGUUCCUCAAGGACAGCGACGUGCGGGUGACGGGCGGCGCGUCGCUCACCACCCUCGCCCCCCACCUAAUCAUGAUACUGAUAGCCAAGUGGCACCUGUAAAACCCGAUCGCGCGUCUCGCACAGGUGCAUCUAUAGGAAUUUCCUUGGGGCCGUCUCCGAUCGUCCUCGCGCGACCAGCAGCAGCAGCAGCAGCAGCAGCAGCAGCAGCAGCAACAGCAACAGCAACAGCAACAGCAACAGCGGCGGCGGCAGCGGCAGCGACGACGACGACGCGACGCAACGGCAGCGGGUGGUAGGCAUGGUCGAUCAUCCUCCCGUUCAGUCGCACCCCGUGAUCGCAGGACACUUGUUACACAGUGAACAGCGCGGCUGGGAGGAGGGAGUAGGGAACGAUAAUCGCGAGGAUCCGACGAACCGCGGGCCUGAGAAUCCGAGAAACCAAAGAUUCGCGGAACCGACGAUCCGGGAACGAUCCGGGAUCGGAAGGCACGAUACGAGGGCCCGAGGAUCCCAGGAUCCGCUCGCUCUAAUCGAUUCUACUCGCUCCCGUGAGAGGGCGAAAGAUAAAGAAGAAGUGUGAAGGGCAACGGAGCUGUUGGACCGGUCGCGUUGGCGGUCGCACGAGGUACGAGCUCUCACCGAGGGCGCACCGACGGGAGGACGACCGAGUACUUGACGAUCGCACGGCCUCAAACAACCAGGAUAGCCUAUUAUUUAUUGAGUAAUCGUCCGUGGACACACACAGCUGAACGAACACACCCAAUUCCACAUAACACACACACACACACAACCAGCUAACACAUCCACACAUAGCAGGACAAUUUUACGGGUUAGGAGCGUUAAUCGUACUAAAUAAAAUGAUUAACCGCGCGUACCAAGUAAUCUAAAUAAAUUUAUCGAUGAGAGAAGGGAGGAGGAUCGACAAAAGAGGAGAUUUCGAGAUAUCUACUUCGAGUGAAAGGACAAAGGACGUGGACGACGACGAGCGCACGUGUCCACCGUGCGGCGGAUCGCGAGCGGAGUUGCGGUUCUCCCAUCGAUCGCGCGGUAUCCUUCGGAGGAGCAGAUCGCCCUCAAGUCUCUCGGGCCUCUAAAGAGCCGAGUUCGAUUCUACGCUUCGUUCCCUUCGUAAUCCGGGCGGAUUCACCCUCGCCCCGGAUUACUUGCCGUCGCCGUGAUCGGUGGCUCGCGUAUUCGACCGCGACUCGACGUCGUCCUCGCGCCUCGCCCUCCCCGAGACACGAGCGCUUCACCCUCGAGCAGCACCGCGAGAAACACGAGAGCACUGGCUCUCAGUUCGCGUCCGGCGGAAUUUCGUGCGAUUUUGCAGCGGCGCAAUCGCGAAUAAUCCGGCAUCCUUUUCCCUCCGUGAGCGACGACGACGAAGUAAUAAAGCCGCGGCAUCGAUCGGCCCCUCCAAUUAACGACGAGUAACGCAAAGUCGAGCGCACGAUAUUAAUCGUCCUCCGGAUCAAUUAGCGGAGGAACGGCGGCGAACGCGCUCGCCAGGAACAAUGAGGAGCCAGAGAAUCUUUUCGUCCGUGGAAAGCCGCGAGUCUCCCGAUCCUCGCGCCCUCCGAUCCUUGGAUCCUCGGCGAGUUGAAUCGGGAGUCGGGAUCGGCGGGAUCUCUCAGGCCGCCCUUGCACCCCCAAAUCCCCCGGAUAUAUUCGGUCCGUUGACUCUUCGGACAGGCUCCAGGCUUCCGAAUUUCGAUCCUCCUCGGAUCCGAGGAUCCUUGGCUUAACGCUUUGAGACCGGGUCUCUUCUUUCGGGGGCGAUUAUACCAGCCGCGAUCGUAAUUCCCCCGCGAAAGUGCAUUUUUACCCUCGCCGUUUCCCCGCCGCGCUGUUGCCGGCCGCGGAAGCACGUCGACUGAAGGACAAGCAAUUAUCAGAGCGAUCCGCGGAGAUUUAUCAGUGUACCUGAAUCCGAAUCCGAACUCGCCGGGUCUCUCUUCAAGUACGCAUUUCGCGCUCGAAAUGCCGUUUUACGCUAUUUUAAACCGCCAUGAUAUGUAUACACCAAGCAUACACACACAUACACACACACACCCACAGAUACGGUUCGUCCCUCCGUGUUCGGAAACAAAGCCUCAAACAGCAUUGUUUCUCCAUCGCGCAGCACUCCCGGUCUUAAAGGGUUAAUUGUCGCACUAUUAGCAGCGACACGUAUCGAUUCGCGGCAGUCGCUGGCAAAAUAGUAUCGACACCGUCGACCAAACGGCCACACACACACGCACACACACACAGAUAGAUGGGCGGACAAGAGAGACAGAAGCGCGCUAUAACACGUCAACGUCACUUAGGUGCAUCUUGCGCUGCACGAAAUGCAUCUCGGAGCGCGACCGUACAGUGGCGGUAGUUCUCAUUCGAUCCACCGCCGACGCAAUGUCGUCGUUUCCUCCGAAGACACAUCGCGUUCUCGACGCCCUUUCGUCGCCGUGAGAAGGGUUAAUGGACGGCUUCGUCAUGAACGAACGACACACACCGCUAUGUAUCAUUAUCGUAUAUACAAUGUCUACUUAUCGAGAAUAUACUGCCACGCGCGUUGCGCAUCGCGGGCCGAACGAGCUUGCGAAACGAGUUUUUUAUACGAUUAUUAUUAUCAGAGGGGGCGAGGGGGGAGGGAGACAGCCGGAGAGGACUCCAUCAUCUCGAGGAAGCAGUGAUCGCCGGAAGAGAAAAAAUAAAUGUAUCAAAGGGUUACCUGAACUUGGAAGUGCCAGAGCACGGAGGUAUCUUAAAUAAUGGAUAGGUGCAAGAGAGAAAAAAGAGGGAGAGAAGAGCGUUGGACUCUUUCAGUUUCCCUCACACCUUCCGUGAGCCUUCUGUAAAUUCGUAAUCGAAGCUACUACCCCCUCUCGCGCGUUUCGCGUUUUCCAGCUUUCUCGGUAACUUCUCGAGGGAGGAAUCGAUGGGAAUCCAGUCUAUCGAGGAGGGUGCGCAACGCGACGACAACAACGAGAGAUGCUUGGUGCAACGUGGAAAAGAAAGGAAAGACGAGCGGAGGAGCGAAGAAAAAGCAAGUUCGCCGCGCGGAGGGCGCGUCUUAAUUCUCGUUGAGAGGAAUUAGAUCACUCGCGCACGCGCGCGCAAUUCCGUUAAGGGUAGAAUUAAGACAACUGAGAACGAGUGCGCGAGAGGAAGCGAGGAGGAAAUUACACACGCAACACACACACACACACACACAUACACACACGGUCGAAGAUUAUCGAGCGAAUCUCGGUAGUUUCAGAGACGGGCAACGUCCCGCGAACGCCGUCGAGCGGACGCAGUCUCGCCCGUUGCGUUCUCUCUCCGAUUUGCCCGUUGAUUUUCGACGAGGACGAGAAGACACCAUAUCCACUUCCAGCGCGCGCUGCCGCGUUCCCUCUAUCGCAGUAAUUAUGUCCCGACGAACUUUCUUUUCCCUCCAGCCCGCCCUCUCAUCGCGUUUAUAUUGUGCAUCCCAUUAAGGGGGAGUGUAAAAAGGAGAGACCUUAGUUGUAUGCGCGGCAAGCGCGUUGCGCGCAAAGCGACGCGUGAAUCAUAUCCGGAGAGAGAGAGAGAGAGAGAGAGAGAAAGAGAGAGAGGGGGGGAGAAAGAGAAUCUGGCCAAAAGAGACAAGAGAGCGGAAGAGAUAUCCGGUUCGGGAGGCGGGGGGAGUUAACCCUUUCGCUGCUCGAAGGUCGGCCUGGCUGAAGUUGUCGUUUCAUCGAGGGGAAGGAAAUAAGUGAAAAGGUAAGUGAGCGUUUUCGGAGACGUUUAUGAAUCUUCGAGGAUGCAUUUCUGAUUACGCCGGCGAUCGUUCGUUGCUUUGUUUGAUUCGGCGGCCGGAGGAGAAGCGGAGCGGGACUUGGUUUAUCGAUUAGCCGAGUGUUCGUCGCGGCGAGAGAAUUCUCCGCUGGCAAACUUGUUCCGCGAGGAAUUGAAUAUUAAAGGAUAUUGAAUACUAAGGAACAAACGGCCGGACCUCUCAAUUAUAGACACUCUCGCUACGGCGACAUCGAUUUCGCGUUCUCUCAGCGGCACGGAGCGCUAUCACAUCGCUGUGCGUCUUCUACGCGGCGAAGGGGUUAACGGUGGAGCAGGGUGAGGAAAGAAACACAGACGAGAAAAAGGAAAAGAAUGAUGAGACGAACACUCGGCGUGGAGCGCGCUCGAGACUCGAAGGGGAGCGAGGAACAAAAGGAGAUCCUCGAAAUUUCGGGUCCUCCUCGAGAACGAAAUCGGAGAUGUGUGCGGCGAGAGAGAAAGAACGAGAGAGAGAGAGAGAGAGAGAGAGAGAGAGAGAGACGCAUAAUAGAGGAGACAGAUAGUUCAUGUUCAACUGAUUAAACGCCGAAACCUAAAUGCGGAAACAAGAAAGGAGGAGGAGGAGGUAAGAGUGAGGUGGACAAGGGACAAUUGACUGAUCGGAUCGUCGUUAAGUUUUGCGACGCGGUCCGGCACUCGUAGUUCGCGCGCGAAUAAAACGAGGAGGCAGAGAGUUUGUGAUUAACGGGCGCCGCGUCGGAGCAGCCGCAACUUUCUCCGCGAUAGCCGAUCUGACAAAAAAAAAGAAAGAACGAGAGGAAAGACACAAGACGUAAGAAAGGAAGAAAUGGGAGCGGAAAAAUGUCGAUGUUAUACGUGUGUUGAUAUCAGUCUAUACAUAUAUAUAUAUAUAUAUAUAUAAAACAGAUAAAUAAAAGAUAUAUAUAUAUAUAAUAAACAGAGAUAUAUUAAUGAGGAAGAAAGUAUCGAUCGAGAGAGGGGAAAGAGCGAACCGGGUGAAAGCACGCGGAGUGAAAAGGGACGGAGGAUUGUACGAGAGAAAGGAGAAGGAGAGGAAGAGACAGAGAAAGAGAGAGAGAGAAAAAGAGUUAGAGAGAGAGAGAGAGAGAGAGAGGGGAGAAAAGAGAGACAAAAAUAAAUAGUAUCAGAUGAUAAACUUAAACUUGUUGUUGGAAUGAGAAUUGAUAUUACGAAUUAUUAUUAUUAUUAAUUAUUAUUACAAUUAUUACCUAUAUAAAAUAUACAUAAACUCUAAUUAACACUGUUUGCUCGUUAGAUGAACCAAAAAAAAAAGAAAAUAAAAUAAUAAUAAUAGCGAAACUCUAUUUCUCCGUGUAGAUGUGUCUUAAUGUUCAGCUUGCUCGGCAGCCAGCCGACGGCUUGGAAAGAGAGAGCCUGGCGUCCGGGGCUGCCGUAAAGUCAUUGGGGAUGUUCGAGUUGAUACGUGGGAGACAAGAUCAAACGGACUGCCAUGUGAGACUUAAAUCUUCACGUUCGUAGGUAGACAUCGUAUGGGAAAAAACGAAAAUGCCGCCGGUGUUGUUGUUAUAACGAACGUUGCGAGAAGGUUGCGUAGAUCGAUGAGAGGGGAAAUGAAGAGAGAGAAAAAGAUAGAGAGAGAGAGAGAGAGAGAGAGAGAAAUCGACUACCAACCCCAACGAGUUCGCAUUUUUCUUUUCUCUGCUAGAUCUGUAAUAAAUUCACAGACGAACGUGCGUCGAUUUUGUUGUGAAUUUAUACGCGAGGGAAGAAAUGAUCGCACGCAUUCGAGUCGCUGAAAAAGAAAAAUCAUGGCGAACGAACGUAUUAGACGCUUCUGCGAGGAACCUCCGAGGAAAUUUCAAUUCCUCAUCCGUGAUCGGUAGCCGAUCUGAUCUCGCUAAGAGAAGAAACGACAAAAAAAGAAAAAAGAAAAACAAAAAAUAGGAAAGGAGGGAGUAUAUUGCGAGAAAGUACAUUUUUUAUUUCAGUUUCCGGUUCUAAAGCGAAGCUGCGGCGAGCAGAUACAGCUAGGUUUAGCCGCGUAAAAGCGAGUAAAUUAAUUAAAUCCUACGACUACGCGAAUGUAUAGACUUAGCAAUCGUAAUCUCCUCGGAUAAGCGAGUAGCGGAACGCUCGCUGGAUCUGAAUCGCUCGAAGAUCGAACCGACGCGUGACCGAUCGUCAAGGAGGGGUUCCUGGACUCGCGCGAGCGCGUCCAGGGACACAAAGGUCACUUUUCAGGAAGACGUGGAUCCGCGUGGAUCGAUCUACGGGUGUUCAGACCCGUGGCGGUGCCGCGAUCC